GUUUGAAUUAAUUGAUACAAUCACAAAGCGAUUAUUACAUCCUUUUCCGUUACUUAAAUGAAUCCUAAUUACCCUGAUUUGAGUGCAUGGAAUUUAUCAGGAACACAAGAUAAUUUUCCUAAUCAAGGUUCAAAUUAUCCAAAUAGAAAUUCAAGAUAUCCAGAUGGAGGACCAGGUUACCCGGUUGGAGGACCAGGGUUACCAGGUAAGAGACAAGGAUUACCAACAACAAGUGGACUAGGAUUUUCAGUAGGGGGACAAAGUUCAAUAGAUGGAGGGAUAGGAUUCGCGGGCGGAGGUCCAGGGCCUAUGGUGGGAGGUGCAGAUUAUACAUCAGGAUACUAUCCUAAUUCAUGUUCUGGAGGAUUUCAACCUUCCAAUCCAACUGGAUUUACAUAUUCAACACAAGGAGAAAAUGUUUCAAGAAAUAACCCAUAUCCUGUUGCACAGUCAUCGGGUUAUGUUCCAGGAGCCCCUCGUUUUGGAACACAAACUAAUGAAUAUAAUAAUGGUAGCAAUUUACGAACUGAUCAGAAUAUCUGCCAAUCCAAUCCUAAUAGUGAGAUUUUUGAACCAACAGUCAAAGAUGCAGCAAAUUUUAAUCCAGAAGAAGAUUGUGAACGUUUACGAAAAGCAAUGGCUGGUUUAGGAACAAAUGAAAAAGAAUUAAUAGAAGUAAUGGGUCGUAGAAGUCCUAACCAACGUGUUAUAAUAACAAAAAAAUAUAAGGCAAUGUUUGGAAAAGAAUUAGCUUCUAAGUUUGAAUCUGAAUUAAGUGGACACUUUUAUGAAUGUAUGGUAGCAUUAUGUCGAUCUCCAUCGGAAUUAGAUGCAACAGAACUACGUAAAGCAAUGCGUGGUGCUGGUACAAAUGAAGAAGUUUUGAUUGAAAUUUUAUGCACUCGAACGAAUGAACAGAUAAGGGAGAUACGUGAAGCUUAUACAAGAAUUUACAAAGGUCGUUCCCUCGAGAAAGAUUUAAAAGAUGAAACAUCUGGAUAUUUCAAACGUAUCUUAGUAGCAUUAGUACAAGGGGAUAGAGAUGAAAGUCAAAAUGUUGAUGAGUGUCGAGCACGUAGAGAUGCAGAAGAAUUAUAUAAAGCUGGAGAGCAAAGAUGGGGAACAGAUGAAUCGAAAUUUAUUCAAAUCAUCUGUCAUCGAUCUUAUGCUCACUUACGUUCAGUUUUUCAGCACUAUUCAACACUUGGUAGAAGAGAUAUUGAAAGUGCUUUAAAAUCAGAAAUGAGUGGAGAUUUACUUCGAGCUAUGCUUACUGUUGUGAAAUGUGUUAUUAAUAAACAGAAAUAUUUUGCUGAAAGAUUAAAAGCUUCCAUGAAAGGUGCUGGAACAGCUGAUUCAUCAUUGAUACGUAUAGUCGUUGGACGUUCUGGUAUUGAUAUGGCUCGUAUUAAAAAAGAAUUUAUUAGUUUAACAGGAAAAAGUCUUGAAUCGUGGAUAGCUGUAAGUUUGAAUAAUCAACUUUACAUUUAUUCUUAACAUAAUUUAAUAAAUCUAUAGAGAGUUGUUACCAUUAACUAGAUAAGGCAUGAUCAUUUAUACUUAUGAACACUUAUUAAAUAACUUGUUGGAAAUCCCUUUUCUUCUAUAAGAUUUGAUAUGGUGAAGAUUUGUAGCUCAGGUGGAUCAUUUUGAUGGAGUUUUGUUCUCUGAGUUUGAUGGUUUGGUUGUGGAGCUUUCAUCGUUCUUCUGAAACCAACAAACGGAUCACUCGACCAUACAUAAAAGGCACAUCAGAAACUACAACCAGAUUGUUGAAUCCUUUCGGAAUAGAUGUUGCACACAAACAAACAAAAUCGUUACAAUCUGUUCUAUACAAACCAAAAGAUAAAAUGAUAAAAGGAGAAAAACCGAACAUAAUAUACAAAAUAAAUUGUGCCAACUGCGAAAAACACUACAUCGUACAAAGCGGAUGCCCUCUUCACUUCGCCUACAUGAACAUCGAUUAGUGGUCAAACUCCAUGACAUAUCCUCACUUAUAUCAAUACACUUGUAAAACUGUUGACACAUAUUCGAUCGGAAAAAUGCGGAAAUUGUGGAUAGAGGCAAUUAUGAAAAUACCAGAGAAUUCUUAGAAAAUUGGCACUCAAAUCAACUAGCAAUCGACAAACAGAUUGAAAUGGAUCCAAUUUAUCAACCGGUUACAAAAAUCAUGAACAGAUAUAGGACUAAGAUUCAAACCAAUUGGAUAUACAACCAAAACAAAGAAGUAAACAAUGAAAGGUUAAAUGCCAACAAGAUCCACUCAACAGCGAGGUCUACAGGAUAAGCUAUGAGCUAAGUGUGGAUAAAUUCGAACAUUUCACUGCUACCUGAAGUUCAUCCUGAUGAUGUCAUUCAGAAGAACGACGAAAGCUUCACGACUAAACUAUCCAGCUGAGAGGACAAAACUCCAAGAUAUUAUGUAUUUAAGAAACAUUAAUAUAAAUUGAAUAAAUAUUUCUUGCAUUAUAAUUCAUUCAAGUGAGGAUAGUUUGUCACUGAAUAAUAGCAAUCGUAGCAAAACAUUAUAAAUCUGUUUAAUUAUUGGUUAUUUUCCAGCUUUUUAAGACCUAGAAACGAUGAUAAAUAUAAGUAGAAACAAAACCAUUCUACGCAUUUUAUGUUGCAUGUACAGGGAAGUCUUAAUAAAGGCUACGGUUGACUUAAAUGUAAACUAUUAAAAAAUAAACAAUAAUAAAACAUUUUUGGUAUAAGUGAUUUCUCCAUAAACGGCAUUUCACAGUAUCAUGAAUUGAUUGAAUGCCAGUUCUGUGGUAUGAAGUUUUAGUACUUACCUCAAGAAAGAAUGAUCCAGAAUCCGAUCCCUGAUUUGGUCAGACGUGAUUAUCGUUGUAACGUCCCAUUCUAGGAUGAAAUAGCUAUCCAGUGCUUUCUGGUUUCUAAUGAUUGUCGAACUAAGUUCAAUUAGUGAUACCAAACUACAAAAAAUCUUAAAACAAUUAUAGAAAUUAUUCUUCCAGUCGAUUAUUUAUAGAUUACCUAUGAAUAUGUUAUUAGGGAAAACUAACCAUAUGCUUACUAGUGGUUAGCUUCUUGAGUGAAUUCUUGGAGUUCUAGUGAGAAGCCGUGACCAGUGGAGCUAAUCUGUGUAGGGUAGAGACAGGUAUCCACCUGAGUACAAUGGAAGAUGGUUGCACAAUUUUGAGGAUUUGUUCAAGUUAGACAUUAGUACCGUUUGAUACCGAUUCAGUGGUAUAAAGGUUAAGCGUUCGCGCCCAAAAGCCCCACAAUAGGACGAAACGGCCGUCCAGUGAUUCAAGGUUUUUCAUGGCGGUCUACCUUCAAUUGACUCAUGAAUUCAACUAUAAAUGUAUUAAUAACUAUUUGUCUGACUAGUUAAUUCAUCAAGUAAUCCGGGAUCAAUAACACUGAACUUGAAAAAAAUAUUUAAUGUUAAAAACAAGAAAUUAGUGAUGGUAACCAGGCCCGUGAAUGAAUCACAUGGUUUAGACGAUUUAGCUACUCUUAUUUCUCUCUUUCUCACUCUCUGCAAAUUUACGCACAAUGUGAAGUGUUUACCUAGUUAAGUAUUCUAAUUAUUAUUAUUUUACAUAAUUUUAAAAUAUUUAUUGGCAUAAAGUAACACAAAUUAUGUUUCGCAAUUUGAUUUUUUUUCAUCUCCUUUGUUAUUAGCAUAGUGACAAGAGGAACAAUUAAACGCAGGGAAAAAAAAAUAAUAAUGUCAACUUUGGUUAAAUUAAUGAUUGGAACUAGAAUAAGGAUGAUAUAAUAACAUGCUUAAUAUUAGGCUAAAAUUAAAGCAUAGGGGUAUCUCUCAUCAACUUUAAUAUAUAUCAUCAAGAGUAUUCAAACUUAGAUUAUGAUUAAAUUCACUAGGCAUCUUCCCAUUGUUAUUUAGGACUGUAAUUGAUCAGUCUCUUGUUGGUAUCUGUACAUCCUGUGUGAACUGCCUCGAUAUUACCUUGAGUCACAAGCUUUAUAAGCAAAGAUUGAUAGUGGCUAGCAAUGGAAUCUAAGACGUGCGUUCCGACCUAUUUGGGACUCGUCAGUUGGAUGUACCUGCAUCUUAGAGUUGUUGAAUUUAAACUUUACCCCAUUGCACAAGCAAGUGGCACAGUAGUAUAGUAGAUAACGCGAUGGCGACUGAAACGAACUGUACUGGGUUCCGAGGUACAUACAUACAGUUGAAGAGUCCCAACUAGGACAAAAACUGCAUCCUGGAUUCCACUACCAGCCACUCUCCAUCUUUGUUUGUAGAAUAUGAUUGUCUCUCAACCAAUAACCGGUAAACAAGUACUGGUAAUCGCUAACAUGAUAUCUUGAAUGACUCAUUUAUAACACUUGAUCGGAAUAUUACAUGAUCCUUCAUAACUGUUCAUACAUCUUGUUGACAAGUGUGAAUUAGAGUUAAGCUUAAGUUAAGUAGGGUUAUCAUGUUGAUCGCCUUUAAUUAAUUAACAACGAUGAAUAGUCUAUAUUAAAUAUUGCCUAGUUGAAAUACUUCAAUGUCUUAAAUCUAACAAGUUUAUCUUUUGAUAAAUUUUUGCAAAUGUAUAUUAUUUUAUUAUCUAUGGGUAUAUAUAAUCAAUCCAACGAAUACAUAAAUUGAGGCCAUCAAAACGUCAUCUUAUAUAAUUUAGGAAAUAUUAAUCUUAUUCCCACUAAAGUGCUCACCUUUUUUAACAGUAAAUUUAUCCCAUAUGGAAGUCUUAAUGAGUUAAGUAAUUCAACAGUCCCAUGGUCUGUUUGCAUUUUAUCGUCUCCAUGUAUUCUCAGCGCUUUUACCGCAUAACUACUUUGUAUUUGUAGAAAAAAAAUUCAUAGAGGUCUACAUGUACUGAGUAUAUAUGGAGUGAUUUUACUUGACGUCCAAAUUAAAAGUGUACAUACAAUGUUGUAACGAAAGAGGUAACAAAAAUAACUCAUUAUGUAUUACCAAUUAGACAUAUGAGAAUUUAAUGACCCUAAAUCUGACUCCAAUAUGAUCGUAUGCUGCUUGUUAUUGAAAUAUACAUGUCGCCUAUGCUCGUAUAUAAUCAUCGAAUUAAAUCAUGUUAGUGAACAACGGAAUUAGAUAGGUGAAAUAGGAGAAUGGAUUUCAAAUUCGUAUAUUUCAUGCAUUCGUUGAUCCAGACAAUAGAUUGAAGAAACGAAGAGAAGAGAGCGAAGCAAAAUGAUGCGCAGUGGAAAAGGUGUGUGAGUCAACUCAAUUUAAUCAAGCGUUAAUCGACAUUUAUAGCCGGACAAAAAUAAGUUACAAAUAUGUGAUGAAUGGGGUAACAAAUGCACACAAACCCCCAUAUAAGAACAGUCAAGGUUGAUAAGCAAAUAAUUGACAUGAUCGAAAUGUGACUCAAGAAUAAAAAAAAUGAAUUGGCCUGUCCUGAAGCUAGAAUAAGCUAUGUGAGCUUAGCAAUAGUAAUCAACACUACAAGAACACUGUUUAAUUUCUGCAAAAUAUACAGGUCACCAAUAUCUAACUGAUUAAAAAUAACUGACUUUUCAAAUCCUUGUACAAUUGACCUUUGUUUAAAUUAUAAUUGAACAUUUUAACAGCUCACUUUAAAUGCUGUAUACAUAGUAAAUCAGAUCCAAAAUAUCACAUAUUGAAAUCAUGAGUCAGUUGAAGCUAGACCACCACUGAAAACCUGGAAGCACUGGACGGCCGUUUCGUCCUACUAUGGGACUCCUCAGCAGUGCGCAUUCACGACCACGCACCGCGCAAGAUUCGAACCCAGGACCAACUAAUUUCGCGCGCGAGCACUUAGCCAUUAGACCACUGAGCCGGCAUCCAACGGUAUUAAUGUCUAGCUUCAACCAAUCCACGAAGUUGCGCCACCGUACACCAUUGUCUUCAGUGAGCUGAUAUCUCACAACAGACUUGGUUGAACUCCGCUGGUAACGGCUUCCCACUAGAACUCCAGGAGAAUCUCUUGAAGUCAGUCACCAGUGAGCAGAUGAUUAUUAUCAGAAGGGGUUUUGUGGAGAUUUUAGAAAUUUCACAGAUUGAAAUCAUGAGUCAUUCGAAGCUAGACCACCAUUGAAACAAUAUUUUUGUGUGUAUUUUUUAAUUUCAGGAUGAUACCAGUGGUGAUUAUCGA